AUGCAGGACGCUCAAUCGCUGGGCGGGGCCCUGCGUCGCGCCCUAGCGGGUCUAGGGCGGGCGCGGCCGGUGCUUCUAGCUGUAGUGGGAGCAGACGCACUACGCGGCGCCCGAUGGCUGCCCGAGCGGCUGCCUGAUAACGUCAAGAUGAUCGUCACCGUCACUGAAGAGACCGACGAGCCUUCCAGCUCGGCCAUAAUGGCGGUGCUAUCUUCAGACGAAGGCCCGAAGGUGGUCCGAGCGCCGCCGGUCGGCGCGGAAGAAGCGAAGGCUGUGCUCACCGCCUGUGCUGCCACCUACAGCAAGACGGGCGCUGCUUCGCCGCCAGAGGCCGCUGUUAAAGCCGUGCAGAAGUGCACCUUACCGCUGUACGCUAAGCAAGACAGGUGCCGCCUCGCCGCCUCGCCGCCAGAGGCUGCUGUUAAGGCUGUGCAGAAAUGCACCUUACCGCUAUAUGCUAAGGUUGGAUUUUGCUUGCUCAAAACGGGUGCAGCUUCGCCGCCAGAGGCCGCUGUUAAAGCUGUGCAGAAGUGCACCUUACCGCUGUACGCUAAGGUUGGUUUUAGGUUACCUUUGUAUGCUAAGACUGUUGGUUUUUAUAAAGCUGCUACCUACAGCAAGACGGGCGCUGCUUCGCCGCCAGAGGCCGCUGUUAAGGCUGUGCAGAAGUGCACCUUACCGUUGCACGCUAAGAUCCUAGCAUGGCAGAUAUCCCUAUCGGCAGAGACCUUCACCGAGCAAUCAGAGCCAGAAACGACUCCAGAACUGGUCAUCUGCGAGGACUUAGAAGGCCAGCUCAUCCAGAUUCUGGUGACGACUGAGGCGGCCUUAGGAGAAGAAAGGGUUAAGAACUGCCUGGCGCUGUUAACGGCUUCGAGGAGAGGGCUGGAUGAUACGGAGAUCCUGGAUAUGUUGGCCCAUGAUGAGCUGUUCAGGAGUGAGGAGACUUACUUACCCUGGGCACCAGCGUCCCUAUUCUGGCCGCAGCUGGCCGCACUACUGUCCCCCUGGCUUCGGUGGGACGCCCGAGGCGCGGCGCGGUGGCGGGACGCCGCGCUGGCGGGCGCGGCGCGGGACAGAUACUUGGCGGACUGCGAGCAUGACGUUAGGAGGACGCUGAUAGAGUACUAUGAGGGAGCAUGGUUCACGGAAAACGAUCCUAAAAUGGCUGGAAGACUGAUAUCACAAGAAAACAAAUUUUCAGAAGAAUACUACAACACUAGAAAACUAGACGAGCUGCCAUUCCAACACUACCACCUCUACAAAGAUGAGCCAGAAACGUUCGCGAAUCAGCCUUACUUCACCCAAUUAGAAUGGGUUCACGACAAACUCGCAGCCACCGACUGCGGGCACUUUUUAGAAGACCUCGAACUAGUUCACAUAGACCCACUCCCAGAACACAUUGAGAUACUGAAAGAAGUCUUCGAAGUCAACUCUUAUGCUCUAGAUUACGACCACAGACAAAUCUACGGCGUUCUAAGUAUGACUUUAGAGAAAAGACAGAGAGAUGGUGCGUCAGUGAAGAGUGAGAUAGUCCAAGAGUGGCUGAAGGUGAUCAAGAACCCUCCAGUGCCAACGUUCUUCCCUAUAAAUGAGAACUUCUACAAGAUAUGUGAGGGCAAGGAUAAGAGGGACUUGUCAGCUGUGGAAGGGUUUGACAGCAAGACGUUUGAUCUGAUCGUGAGGUUCGACCAGAGGGAAAAGUUUGUGGCGACGGUUUCGACUGAGAGGGAGGAGAUCUGCGUUUGGGACGUCACGACGUGCAAGAUGGUGCGCAAGCUGACGGGGGUGACGCACCCCAUCAACCUGGUGCCGGUGGACGAGCACCGCUGCGUCGUGCUGUGCCGCCGUGAACUGCGCGUCUACGACCUCGACCAGGGCAAGUUCCUAGUGGCGCUGAAAGGCGUGAUGAACCAGAAGAUGCCGUUCUACGGGCUCCACGACUCCAAGCACCUGGUGGCGCUCUCCAGGAACCGAAUGUAUGUCAACCUGAUGAACAUUGAGACUGGUGACUGUGUGACCACGUUCAAAGCUGGUGAAGACAGGUUCCUAAAUUCACUGCUCGUUUCGGGUGACGGAAGGAUAUUGGUGUGUGGUGAUGAGACACAGAAGCCUUUUCCACUGCUGGUGUGGUCACUCACGUCAAGAAAGCUUUUAUACGACUUGAGGAUACCACAUCACGACUUUGUGACUUCAAAAGCCGCUAUAACUUAUGAAGGAUCGUACGUGUGCGUAGUCUCCCGGGAGCUAGACGAGCCGAGCCCGAACUUCAUAGUGGUGUACGACCUGCAGUCCGGCACGUUGUUCAAGAAGUGGAAGCCGGGCUGCGACACCGUGGCACUGGCCAUAAGCUCGGUGGACGGAUGCGUCGUGUCCGGGCUCGCGGACACCAGGAUACUGGUGUGGGACUUGAUCACUGGCAACUGCCGGCUGACGCUGCGCGGGCACGUGGCGGCGGCGUCGCUGCUUCGGCUGGCGCGCUCGGGCGGCGUUUUGCUGUCCGCCGACGACUCCGGCCGGGACCCGUCCGUGCGCCUGUGGGACCUGCACUCAGGUAAACUAAUAUCAGUGUACACGCCUCCCGAGCGCAUAACCUCCUGCGAGAUUGUCUUAGGGGGCUCCGUACUGGCCCUCACUUUAGAGAACGUGCCCCACAUAGUCUGCGCUCGCCUGCUGCCCGCGCCUGUGACGCAGCCCUGCCACGACCACCGGCCCUAUGGACAGAUGCCCGACUGCUGAUAUUCGAAGGAACAGGAAGGUACGAUCACGCGUCAAGUCGACAAGAUCAAACGCCUCCAAAGCGUCGCUUUACCGUCGAUGUAGUUUAUGAACAUUGAAACUGUAAGAACCGUUAAAUUUAAAUUUUCAAUCAAAUCUACAAUUGAUUUAAAACCUUAUUAUUAAAGUGACUCUACAAACAUUUAACAGGUACAAUCCAGUUUGGAUUGGAUUUUUGCAGGAUUGCAAGUUCAAAAAAAUAUACUACGUUUUGGAGCCAGUGAAAAUCAAAACUUUUUGACACGCCAAAUAACUGGCUACACUAUUAUUUAUCAUAAUGUAUAGUAGGUAAAUAUUAUUAUACAAAGAUCUUAAAUGGUUCGGCACGACGUAGGACAAGCUACCUCUGAUACCUAAGUCUUUUGUACAUGUAUCUUUAUGUAUCUACCCUCUACAUGUCACAGAGUCCUGCAAUUUUAAACAGAAAUAAUAAAAUUAACUGAAGGACGUACAAUAUUUCUGAAACCAAUGUCUGUUCACUCUAGUCCAAAAUUUGUGCCAGAAUUAUUAAUAUUAAAAAUGAUAGAAGUAAAAAACAUUAUGCAUGCUACUUACUAUUAAUUUAGAUUGCAUAUAAUGGCACGAAUCCUAAAAUAAGAUUCUUGCAGUGCAAUUAUUGUUCAGUAAAUGAAUAAUUGAUUACUAAGUUCUUACUGUAAAAAACAUCCUUUUCAUUUCUAAUAAUAGUAGCAUACAUAAUGAAAAUUAAAUAAGUAAGUAAGUACUUAAAUAUAAAUGGAUGGAGACGUACGAGUAUUCAAAGUUUACGAGAAAAAGUUUGUGGAACUUGAUAAAGCAAUCGCCCAGUGACUUACGACCGAAAUAUGAAUGAAGUGAAUAAAAAACAUUAAUGUUUUUGAUCUAUUACGCUUAUUAAUUACAUUAUUGAAUUAAUGAAAUUAUAUUUAGUGAAUCCUCUAUCUGUAAUGUUGAUGUUUAGGUGUAAUUUUGUGGUGAUUAGGUUUAAGGGAUGAAUUAUGUAUAAGUCAAUUUUUCGUGUUUUUUCCGCGCAAAUAACGGCUAGCCUUUGCGUUGUGCUGGUCAAACUGAUCUUCCUUAAACAGAUGUUGUGCACAUUAAGUAAUGUUUAAUAAUUGGGUGGGAUCAAUCAAGGCACUGUUUUGGGCCUCUUUCGGCUACCGACAGAGAUUUAUACUACAAAAUGGAGUGAGAAACCCAGCUCUGCGUGAAAGAAGUGAGAUCAUAAAUCCUGAUUGGUCUUACUAUAGUUUAGGUGUAGGAUAUUCUACCAAUGUGUCAUUAAAUCUUUGUUGUUGUUACUUCUAUCUUGUUUUAAAUCAUGGUCAUAAACACUAGAAUAAAUUACUUUUUAUUACUAAGUUUCCGACGAUGUAAAGGCGAUAAAAAACUAUCAAAAUUAAAAUCAAACUUUAUAUUCCACCUAUCAUCAUAA